AAGCAGGAGAAUCCCAGCAUUGCAAACACUGAAGGGUCUGUGAGAAGAGCAAAGGGAUUUGUGUAACGCCACAGGAACCACAGCUCCAUGCUGGGACUGCGAUAUUUUGGAAGAAAGAGAUACUGUCAUCUAAAUUCUUGCGGCUUGCUUUCUGGAGCAAGCUGAUUGGCUAAUGACCUCACUGAUCGUAUAUGCUGGAUCUCUGUGCGAAGUGAACGAGCCAGACUGGCUGUGGAUGGUUAAGAGGGCAGGGAGCCCGGGAUUUUUGCUGUUCGGUUUUCUUUCUAUUUGAUCGGGAAAGGAGAGGGGGGAAAAGCUAAUAUCCAGCUUUGCUGAUUGAAGGUAGCUGACUCCGUGUCGGAUCUCCACCUCUCUGAAGCAAAGGAGUAUGUAAGAAAACAUCAGCUUGGAAGUGUACAGUUUAUUUCAGCUAAAGAUGGUGCAGAGGAAAAAAUCUGCUCUGCAGGUGUUGUCCUUUAAACGCUUCUGCAUUCUUUCACUCCUAGCAAAAUGGCUUUUAAAUGACUUGUGAAAUCUGUGCACAUAGCUGACAUUACAACGAUACUGUACAAAAGGCAACAUGCAUUCCAAUGGACAUCUCUUGUGAAAGGGAGUUUCUAUGCUUUCAAAUGAAAAGAACACCACCCUAAAUACACUGAUCCUUAACUGGAACAAGUAUUAAAGGGACUGCAUCAGAAUGUUUGUUAGUGCCAGGAAAGUCAGAAAAUGCCAGUUUGUGCAGAUACUUGCCACUUGCUUUGUAUUGUCUCUCAUGAUUUUCUGGACACCACUUGAUAAUCAUAUUGUGAGCCAUAUGAAGUCCUAUUCUUACCGAUACCUCAUAAAUAGCUACAACUUCGUGAAUAAUAGCCUGUCCGUUAGCAGGGACAACUUGGACAGGGUAGCAAGAUACCAAUAUUUGAUCAACCACAAGGAGAAAUGUCAACAGCAAGAGGUCCUCCUUCUAUUGUUUGUAAAGACUUCUCCAGAAAACCGGCAUCGGCGAGAUGCAAUUCGACAAACCUGGGGUAAUGAGAAAUAUGUACAUUCUCAUCUUAACGCCAACAUUAAAACUGUUUUUGCUUUAGGACGACCAACAGAUCAUAUGCAGAGAGCACAGAUGCAAAGAAAACUUCUAAAGGAAGACCAGAAGUAUAAUGAUUUGAUCCAACAAGACUUCUUGGAUACUUUUCACAAUCUUACCCUUAAGUUACUUUUGCAGUUUGGAUGGGUGAAUGCAUACUGCCCACAUGCCAAGUUCAUUAUGUCUGCAGAUGAUGAUAUUUUUAUUCACAUGCCAAAUCUUGUUGCAUAUCUCCAAAGUCUAGUGGAAAUUGGUAUUCAAGAUAUCUGGAUUGGGCGUGUCCAUCGUGGAGCUCCUCCCGUGAGAGAUAAGACUAGCAAAUACUAUGUUCCAUAUGAAAUGUACCAGUGGCCUUCUUAUCCUGACUACACAGCUGGAGCCGCAUAUGUAAUAUCAAGUGAUGUAGCAGCUAAAGUAUAUGAGGCUUCACAGACCCUUAAUACAAGUCUUUAUAUAGAUGAUGUUUUCAUGGGUCUCUGUGCCAAUAAAAUGGGAAUUGUACCACAAUAUCAUGUAUUCUUUUCUGGGGAAGGAAAGGCUCCAUAUCAUCCCUGCAUCUAUAACAAAAUGAUAACCUCCCAUGGACAUGUGGAAGACCUUCAUCACCUUUGGAAGCAGGCAACAGAUCCAAAAGUCAAAAGCUUUUCCUCUAGAUUUUUGGGUAGACUAUAUUGCAAAAUAGUUAACAUUAUGCUUCUUUGCAAACUACACUAUGAGGACACGUAUCCCUGUUCAGCUGCAUUUUCCUAAUACUUGAAUAUCUGCAUAGAGAUUCACUGAGCCAAAAUGGAGUGACAACUUUUAACUGUUUAUCCAAUAUAUACAUAAGUAAACAUGAAAAGAGGUAAGAUUAAAAUGUGAAUAGAUCCCAAAUUAUUCUGCUCAGGAACUUUAUCAGAAUAACUCUCUAUUGCUGUAUUAGUUUCCACAUACUGCACCCUGUAUUUUUACACUCCUUUUCAAGGGAUUUAAGUCUUGAAUAGAUAUUAACUGAUUUCAUUUUUUUAGAUAUUGAAAAGCCUGUGAAAAGUAAUUGAACUUGGGAGUACAGAAUUUGUCAAUAACCCUUGUUAAUUGCAUUCUUCCAUUUGAAAAUGAGUAUGUAAAUUAAGGCACAUCCUUUCAAGGCAAUGACUUGCAGUUGAUGCGCUACUUAAACAUCCAUAAAUAGCCCUUUCCAAACAAAAGGAAAUGAUAGUUUUGGUACCAUGAGUAGAAGAGUAGGAUGGCAAUUUGAAGUCUGAGUAAACUAGUCAAAUGGUCACCAUUUCUGUAUACAGUUCAGCAAAAUGACUCUUUAAAAAUCAAAAUAAUCCACAAAUGGUACUAGAGGUGAAAGCUUGCUAAAACAUUUUGUUCUCUUGAGGUUACGUAAAUCCUGCACAACAUUUGGGUGGGGGGAAAUGGCAUUCACACUGUCCUUCUAACUGGUGCUUUCAGGUAAUACACGAGCUCUGUUUAGAACAGGAAUGUACAGGAAGGUACAUUAAUAACUUCUGCAACACUACUUCAACUACAGCAACAUUUUGAAAAUUAAGUAACUUUUUUUUAAAUCUGAAAAUGCUUUCUGAAGUGGUAUUUUUAAACACUCCAGUCAGUCAUUAGUAAACUAAGAGCACGUGUAUUGAGUAUGGCCUUCCAGUUGUCUCUUUCAAAAAUACACUUCUGUCUCCCUGGUUAAUUUUCAAGAGGGAAGACAAGAUAAACUUCUCCAUUAAAUAACUCAAGGGAAGUCUGUCAUAACGUAGUUAGUUCAGAUUAUUCAAAAAGUUGAAGAAGCCAAAUUUGUGCAACAUGAGCACUAACAGAGAAAGAUGUGAGGAGCUGAAAGUAAGGGUAGACUGCACAAAGAAGGGAUAGGGUGAAAUAUUGAUUGUAACAGGUAAAGAUGCAACAUUUAUUAAGAGAAUUACAGAGAAUCCACUAAAUUGUCCUCUCUUAAUCUAAUUGGUUUCAAGCACAGAUCUUUUGUCUUAUGGCCAUGUGAAGAAGUCCGUGUCAAAAUAGAAAAUCUGUAUCUUUCUCUUUAACCAAAUCUAUUGCAUAUGUUACUCUUGCCUCUUUAACAUGAGCAAAAAGCUUAACCUUCAGUUUACAAAGGCUAGAAGUAGGUGCUAUUAAAACCCUGACAAUCACCACCACCACUGUUUGUAACCUGAUAGUUCAUAACCAUGUCCAAAACCUCUAAAACUGAGCUCUGGGAGAAGGACUCAAUGCUCUUCUUAUCAGUCUGGUUGUAACAAUGUUUCCGUGUACUUUGUGGACAACUAUUUGUUAGUAACUCUAGUAGCCAAAGCCACAGUAGCUGUUUGGAUACUGAUAGAUGUAGAUGCAAGUGGUGUUUGUCUCUUAUUUUGAGAGCUGUUUGACAUUGGUAUGAGUUCCAGUGUGAACAGGGUCAUAAAAUCACUUCACUUCAGAAUGCUUGAAUUCAAAUCUUCAUCCAGUGGCAUAGCAGCAGAAAUGCAAAACAAAGGCUGGAAAUGACAAUGAGUCUGUCACUUUUUAAGUGGAACUUUGUCAUGUUCUAGGAGGUGGGCUCUUCAACUCCAAGAGAGGUGCUACUUGCUUUCUAAGAGAAUAUCCACACUAGCCUUUUUCCCUAAAUUUCCCAGCACCGACAGACCAGCAAUGCUGUAGAUGACCAUGUGGGAGCACUAAAGUAGACCAGUCACCAUAUUUAACUCUAGCUUUGCUCAGGGCAGGUCUAGAUGAUAUGCUCAUUUACAAUGCAGGCAGCUGUGUGCACCUUCUUGUUUAAGCUAGUGCUCGCUCUAUUGCCACCAUCUGUAGGGCUGCAUCAGUGGUAGUACACAGGCAUCUUGCGGGAGGGGGGAAAGGCUAGUGUCAACAAGAUCCAGGAGAGAACUUCUGUCAGCUGGUUAUUGGAGCAUGAUUGAUAUUUGCCUCUAUGCAAGCUACUCUUACUCUUCCAACUGGGAUAAGAGCUUGAUAUCUACUAGAAUGAGUAAUCAUACAGAUUAAGUGUUUCUCCAGAGUGAAGGGGUAAGGAAACCACUGGACUGACCAUAGUUGGAUCCAGGUGUUGACUAUACAGAGAAACCUACAAAGCAAGACUUAGUCUAUUAUCACCAAUGCAAAAGUGAUGGCUGUAAAAUGAGAAAUUUAUCCUAUCCUGCUGGAUAAUGUUACAUAAUUCUUCAGCUCUAAAAUGUUUACAGCAAAAGUGAUGGCUGUAAAAUGAGAAAUUUAUCCUAUCCUGCUGGAUAAUGUUACAUAAUCCUUCAGCUCUAAAAUGUUUACAGCAAAACAAAUCCAGUUAAUCCAUGCUCUUAAGAGGUUGACUUAUACUACUCAAAACUAGUUUUGCUUAACCAAUGUUGAAGUUAAAUGGAAAAAUAACUAAAAUAUUACAAGUUAUAGAUCUAAAUUUCUGAGAAAUCUAAAAAUACAUUGCACUGUGGAAAUACUUUUAUAACUGGUAGAAAUGGUUUUGAUUGCACUAGCCACUUUGAAUUGACAAUAACCUGUGGCAGAAAUGACCUGAUAGAAAUCCCAGCUAGUAUAAAAUAGUUUAAAUGCAGUAUGCUUUUAGAGUAUACAAUUAAGACCCCAAUCCUGCAAGCAAAUGUAGAGAUUAACUUGACUCACGUGAGUAAAGUUAAGCAUAUACUUACUUGUUUGCAAAAUUGGGGCUUAAAUUAGCAUCUAUAACUUGUAAUUUUACUUUACUUUAAAACUUAAUCUGCCAUUGGGUGAAAAGAUCAGUGUCCCUCUUGACCAUUGAAAUGCUUUUGUUUACAGCCGGUCUGUUUUGUUAGGAAUAUUCCUUAUCUUAAAAAGGACUUCAUUUGUAAUUUGGCUUUUUAUUAUGAUGUUUUGCUGCAUAUUAAGAGAAAGGGUUUAUAAAUUUGAAGAAAAUAUGAUGGCACUCCUUUCAAAGAAUGGAGAAGCUAGAAAAUUUCUUAACCUUUUGGCUCUAAACAUUGACUUAAAAUUUGUACUCCUUCAUUUAGGUUUUUUUUUGUUUUGAGAGAGAGGCAUGUCAGUGCUCCAAUGCAGGGCUUUCAUGUUUUAUUUUCACAAUUAAAACAUGCACCAGCCUGAAUGGUCACUUCUUCUCAAUUAGCAGUUUUGACACUGUUGCACAAAAUGUUUAAUGCUGAAAUUGUUUUUACCUGUUUGUUUGGUUUGCAUCAAGUUUCCUUUGAUAUUACUAAUUUUUAUACAAAUAUUUAUUCUUGAAACUUUUUGCUCUAUCACAAAAGACAAUUGUUUUUGUAAAAAUUUUCUGUUUAGAAUAAACCAGGUUUUGUGUAGUGUUUUGUUUUUAA